AUGUCGACCUACCCCGUUGACUUUUCCACCUGCUUGGACGCGGCCUUAGGGCUGGUAGAAACAUACCUGAGAGAUGCCGACCACGCUCUUAGCGUCGGGAGGAACGAAAUUGCCCCUGCACUGACGGAAUUACUUGACCUUCGCGAGGAACUUCGGUUUACUAGGCUGAUGGAGGGAGAAUAUGCUAUGGCACCCAUCAAUGAAAUCAUGGUUUCGUGCAACUUCAUCAUCGAGUCCCUAUCUCCGCCUUCGACUCCGGGAACAGCAUUUCAACAAACCUGUUCUGGGACUCCAGGUGAUCAGAACGUCGACUGCCAGGAAUUCUGUACCCUCGUCAGGCAGUUAAAAGGUCGUCUAAGCACUGCGCUUAAGCAUGUGGACGGACGGCUAUACCCAACCCCGUCUCCCUCGGCGGCUGAUUAUGAACCGCCGUUUAGUUACGCUUUCGCUCUUCCCGCGCGUUCCAUGCCUCUUCCUCCUAAUGGCAUAGUCCAAGGAUACGAAGAAAAAAUGCAUAAAUAUGGUCUGGCCUGGGCCAUGCAAAUGAGAAGGGAAUUAGCAGAGGCACCAAACUUACCAGGCCGACAAAUCAUACGGCAAUUAUGGAAUCGUACACUGCUAUCUCUGCAGGGAACAGUCCCCGAUCCGCCGCCUCUGGAUAUGGAUCUGGAAGCGUUUCGAGACUCUUACAAUGAGUUCGAUCAGAUGCUGCGAGACUCUAUCGUACGCCAAACUGUCGAUCAUCACUGUGCGGUCUUCGUUGGCCUGCAAAACUCAGGGAAGUCGACAUUGAUCAAUGCUUUGAUCGAUCAAGACUUACUACCGACGGGAGAUGGCGUCGUGACCACUUUGCCAAGCAGAAUCGUUCAUGAUGCGGAGGCUUAUCAACCCAUCAUGCACCUUCCUCAUCAAUUCCUUGAUCGCACUCUUACCAAACUUCGAGCGGCUUGGCCACUCUUGAUUCAAAGGCACCCGAAUUAUCGAAGGACCACCAGCUACAUGAAGGAACGGAUAGAACUCAUCAUUGAUCCACUUCUAGUACUUCCUUCUACAGUACAUGGACUUCAAGAAGUCAAAAGGACGCUUGGUAUACUUAAUGAUAUCAUUCGCAUUUCUGAUAUGUUCGGGCUCGAAUAUGACGACAUCUCUGCGGGAGAAUGGAUUCGAAUUAACAUUCGAUUCCCCUUCGAAGUGCAACCCAUUCGAGGUCAUUACGAGUUUGUGGACAUCCCGAACUAUUGGACAAUUCUUGCCCUCCAAACAAUCCGUCGUGCUACCGUCGUGGUCGCUGUCGUAGAUGCAAAUAGCUAUCACCGCGGAUCUUGGCGAGACUUACCUCACGUCAUCUAUGAAGGAACCAACCUUCCAGCAAGCGUGAUCGCGGUUACGAAGACGGAUCUCUUUGUGGAGACGGAGAGUUGGCCUGCAGUCCGAGCUGAUAUCCAAAGAACGUUUUGGAAGGAGUACCCUAGCGGACUUUACUUUGAAGGCUCUCCAAGAGUCGGAUGGGAGCUCAGGGAUAUGCGGGAACAGCUUAAACACAUGAACGUGGCCACCCAUAUUGUUUGGCCGUCCGGCUCUGUGUCUGAUGCCGGCUUCACAUCGGCCACACUCGACAGCCUGAAAGCAAGUAUCGAUGCACAGGCUGAAAAGCAGGGAUUCGAUCAAUUUCUGAAGGACUUUUACCGUUCUUUCCGAGGAAAUGCAGUUGAUCCUUAUCUCACGGAUGAAUUACGGGGUCUCGCAAACCGAAUUGUCCCGCUAAUUGAGUCAAUCGAGCAAGUGCUUUCCGGGAGUUAUACUUCCGCUCACCUUCCAACCAGGCAUCAACUGGAGUACAUUGGUCUGACUCCUUAUGAUUCGAAGGCGCAGUUUGCGGCGUACGAAGCGCUACAAUCAGAAGCAAAGAACAUGAUAGAAGAAUGGUUCCACGUGCAGGACUCACUAAUCCAAGAGUGUGAUCUUAUCAUCGUGCGGUCGUCGAGCAACGUACAGGAAGAGGGUGCAGAGGUCGUCUCCGGCUUCGACUACUAUUCGGAAGCGACAACUCUAGGAACUGACUCUCCUUCGGGUGGAGUCAAAGCAUUCUUCCUGUCUGCUCAGGACGCCGAGCAUUUCCUUGAAAACGUUCAAGCGGUUCUCAAGUCUCAGCUGCGGGAUCUCCAAAGCAGGGCUCUUCAUUCAGUAUCAGUUGAUGCGAAAGCAGUGCUGGAGUCGCAGCUGGCCUCCCUAAUAAGGGGCCGUAAACUGAGAAUCCCAAUCGAACAUUUGGCCGAACAGUUCCAAGAGCAGAUAAACAACUCUGCAACAUCUACGCCCUGGUCCCCACAGAAGGUCGACGUGAUUUCUCUAGUCAGUCCUAUCGGAGAGAAGGACCGCCUGACGGCCGAAUUCGUUGGGAUGCAGCAGAAGGUUCUCAACGUGAUUUCACCUAGGAGCGGCGGUCCAAACGGGAAUCGUCCGCUUCAGAGUACCUCCACAUUGUUGCGUGGUCUGGUGGCGGCUAUCGCCAUUUGGCCCUUCGCGCUCAAAAUACCCCUUACUAGAGCCAAGAGUCCGGUUUACUGCCUUGUGGACCUGAGGGACUUACGAAAUAGUCUCCUGGAAGCGUUGAUAAAACCAUGGAGUAUCCAGCUCAGGGCAGAUCUCAAGUCUGCCGUUUACUCUUCCCUGCAAACAGAAGCAGCGAUAUUACCCAGAGUAGUGGACAACGCUGCAAAAGUCAAGUUCCAGGAAUCCACUAAUUAUCCUCCUGCUGGGCUCAGCGAGGAGCUGAUCGAUAAUUACAUUCGCAGCUAUUGCAAUCUUGUCGCCGCGAAAGCUGCACUCGAGCAACUAACCGAAAAAGCUGCAUGA